AUGAAAGGUCGUUCAUGGCCUCUUACUGGAGGCAAUAGCAAACAAAAGGUUGCAUUUUCUCCAUCAACUAAUCAAUCAAGAACUCGUGUUGCCCUUAAUCCCGAUUGUUCUGAGAUUUCCAAGCCAUCCAUAUCAAGUGAACCUAUCAAUGAAUUUGUUCAGUUAAAACAAGAAAUCGAGGAAUUCUUUCGACGGUUUAAGAGGGAGGAGAUCUAUUAUAACAAGGCAUCAACUGGAACUCUGCCGGCUCUACUCACCGAAUACCCAAAGCUAGAGCUACUUAUUGAAUAUGAAAAAAAGAUCUCAAAAGAUAUUGCUAAAAAAAAAGAAGAAUUUAUAAAGAGAUAUAAUGGUUCUGAAUUUGAGUUGCGUUAUGAUGAAAACUUCCGUGAAGAUAAAAAAAGGAAACGCACAUCGUCAACAAAAAAUAGAGAUUUAUUGAUUCAAGGGAGCAACUCAAAUCAGCAACAAUUGCAUAUAGGAGAUCAUGUUUCAACUGUUCAAACUGGCUUUGUUACAUGUCAUGACAACAGAGGGAAAUCCCACAUAAGUUAUUUCGGUAUUUAUGAAAAAGGUUCCACUUCCGGAACAAAUCAUCGCUCAAAACCUGAUGCAGAAAAUUGUAGUUCGCGAAUAUGGAAGGCUUCUAACAAAAAAACAGACGGCAUUCCAACUCAACCUGCUAUCUUACCACUACAAGGACCUUGCAACUUUUGUGGUGCGAAAAAGUUUUACCUUGAGCCUAAUAGCUUUUGUUGUAUGGGUGGACAAGUCUCUUUGGUUUCCAGUAACUGUCCUCCAGAACUUGAUUGGUUAUAUACUUCUAACUCUGAGGAAGCAAAAGAAUUUCGUACGUAUGUUCGAACAUAUAACAAUUGCUUUGCUUUCACAUCUUUUGGAGUCAAAUAUGACAAGGAAUUGUGUCGGAGAAAUAAAGGAAUCUAUACAUUCAGGAUACAAGGUCAAGUUUAUCACUUCAUUAAUGAGCUUACAUCUUCUGAUGAAAAUCUUAGUCAUCUACAGCUCUACUUUUAUGACAUUGAUCAUGAAAUCCAAAACAGAAUGAAAUCUUCCGAAAAGCUAAAUCCUGUUAUUCUUGAAAGGCUCAUAAAGAUUUCACAUCUGAAUCCAUAUUCAAUCUUCUUCAGGAGAUUAGAACACAAAGAUCCUUUGAACUCUGUACAAAUUAUUAUUAGAUCUGAUGCAUCAUUAGAUCAGAGAGUCUACAAUCAACCUUCAACCUCACAAGUGGCAGCAAUUUGGUCUGAAAAUGAUGUCUUAACCAAAGAAAUCUCAAGAGAUAUUGUUGUUCAUCAAAUUUCUGGUCAUAGUGAAAAAGUUCAAUGGUAUUUUGGAUGUUAUGACCCAUUACAAUAUCCAUUGUUAUUUCCAUAUGGUGAAUCUGGAUGGCAUUAUGUGUUUCAGAAACAAAAGAAUAAGAAAACUACCAUUUCUUGUCGUGAAUACUACUGCUACAAGCUUCAAAUACGACCCAAUGAUUCUUCAAUCUUACUCCGCUCUGGUCGUCUCUUUCAGCAGUAUUGUGUUGAUAUGUAUGUCAAGAUUGAAACAUCUAGACUUCAAUUCUUUCGAAACAAACAAAGAGAAAUUAGGGCUGAUUUGUAUCAAGGAAUCAUAGACAGUGUCACAACGGGUGAAGGUAGAGGUUCAAAGAUUGGUCACAGGGUUAUACUACCACCGUCAUUCAUAGGUAGUCCAAGAGAUCUUAGACGUCGAUAUGUUGAUGCAAUGAUUUUCUCUCAAUAA